CUCCAAGAAGUAAUCAAAUGGCAAAGUUGUGCUUCCUUCCCGUGAAAACCAGCGGCUUCAGUUUGCAAACUCCCAAGUCCGAAAGAGAUUCGAACAAUGAAAGGAGAGACGACCAAGGUGAGCGUGCUAGUGAGCUUAUUCAACUGGAUGCAGAGGAGCAAGUCUUCGGCCAAGAAGCGCUCCAAGUUCCGCAAGUUCAUCGACACCUUCUGUGAUAAAACCGACUACUUCACCGCCAUCCGCCUCAUUCUCCCCUCGCUCGACCGAGAACGCGGCUCCUACGGCCUCAAGGAGUCCGUUCUGGCAACCUGCCUCAUUGACGCCCUAGGUAUCUCCCGGGACUCUCCUGACGCCUUGCGCCUCAUCAACUGGCGCAAGAGCGGCUCCACCGGCGGUGUUAAUGCUGGAAACUUUCCGCUUGUUGCUGCCGAGGUUUUGCAGCGAAGGCAAGGAAUGGCUUCUGGCGGUCUCACUAUUAAGGAGUUGAACGACUUGCUGGAUCGCUUGGCCUCCAGCGAAAACAGGGCAGAGAAGACUGAUAUUCUUUCUACCAUGAUUCAGAAAACAAAUGCACAGGAAAUGAAGUGGAUCAUAAUGAUAAUUCUGAAAGAUUUGAAGUUGGGAAUUAGUGAGAAGAGCAUAUUUCUUGAGUUUCAUCCAGAUGCUGAAGACUUAUUUAACGUCACAUGUGACUUAAAAUUGGUUUGUGAGAAGUUAAGGGAUCCAAAUCAACGGCAUAAGCGCCAGGACAUCGAAGUUGGAAAGGCUGUGCGCCCUCAGUUAGCUACAAGGGUUGGUGAUGCAACUACUGCUUGGAAAAAGCUUCAAGGGAAGGAAGUGGUUGUUGAGUGUAAGUUUGAUGGUGAUCGUAUCCAAAUACAUAAGAAUGGAGCUGAGAUACACUACUACUCUAGGAACUUUCUUGAUCAUUCUGAAUAUGAUCAUGCCAUGUCAAACAUAAUUGAGCAAAAUGUUUUAAUUGAUAGGUGUAUACUUGAUGGUGAAAUGUUAGUGUGGGAUACAUCAAUGAAUUGCUUUGCAGAGUUUGGUUCUAAUCAGGAAACAGCCAAGGCUGCGAGGGAUGGAUUUGACAGUGACAGACAGUUGUGCUAUAUUGCAUUUGAUAUUCUUUAUGUGGGAGAUACCAGUGUUAUUCACCAAAGCUUGAAGGAACGACAUGAGCUUCUGCGAAAAGUUGUGAAGCCUUUGAAGGGCCGUUUAGACAUCUUAUUACCUGAUGAUGGUCUUAAUACUUCCCGCCCUCCUGGUGAACCUUGUUGGUCACUCAUAGCUUAUGAUGUGAAUGAUGUCGAGAGAUUUUUUAAAGAAACUGUUGAAAACAGAGAUGAAGGAAUUGUAUUGAAAGAUCUUGGCUCCAGAUGGGAUCCGGGUGACCGGGGCGGAAAGUGGUUGAAGUUGAAGCCAGAUUACAUUCGUGCUGGUUCUGAUUUAGAUGUUCUUAUCAUAGGGGGAUACUAUGGCUCUGGGCGUCGUGGAGGAGAGGUUGCUCAAUUCUUAGUUGGCCUAGCAGAGCAUGCAGCACCAAAUGCUUAUCCAAGGAGAUUUUUUUCCUUUUGCAGGGUGGGCACUGGGCUUUCUGAUGAUGAAUUAGAUGCUGUUGUAACCAAACUGAAGCCUUACUUUAGGAAAUAUGAAUAUCCCAAGAAAGGUCCACCAAGUUUCUAUCAAGUUACAAAUAAUUCAAAAGAGAGACCUGAUGUUUGGGUUGAAAGCCCUGAAAAGUCAAUAAUACUUUCUAUAACCAGUGAUAUCCGGACCAUUAGGUCUGAGGUAUUUGCUGCGCCAUACGGCCUGAGAUUCCCACGCAUCGACAGAGUGAGAUAUGACAAGCCUUGGCAUGAGUGCCUUGAUAUGCAGUCUUUUGUGGAACUAGUGCAUUCAAGUAAUGGUACCACACAGAAGGAUAUAGAAUAUGGUGGCGUGCAAGAUAGUAAACCAAAACGCAUGAAAUCCUCCACAAAGAGAGAGAAGCAGAAUGUCUCGGUAGUUCCAAAUCAUUUUGUUCAGACAGAUAUCUCUGAUAUUAAAGGGGAAACCUUGAUAUUCUCAAAUAUGAUGUUUUACUUUGUGAAUGUGCCUCCAACCCAUUCUCUUGAUUCAUUCCACAAAAUGGUUGUGGAGAAUGGUGGAACUUUCUCAAUGAAUUUGAAUAACUCGGUUAGCCAUUGUGUUGCAGCUGAAAGCAAGGGGAUCAAAUAUCAGGCUGCAAAGCUUCGCACAGAUAUAAUUCAUUAUUCGUGGGUAUUGGAUUGUUGUUUGCAAAAGAAGCUGAUCCAUUUGCACCCAAAGUAUUUCCUCCACCUUUCUGACUCUUCAAAGAAGAAGUUUCAGGAAGAUAUAGAUGAAUUCGCUGACUCUUACUACUGGGAUCUCGAUACGGCAGACCUUAAACAGCUCUUAAGCAAAAUUGAUACAUCAGAAGACAGCAAAACUGUUGACUAUUACAAGAAAAAGUAUUGUCCUACAGACAGAUGGUCUCGCUUUCAUGGUUGCUGCAUCUACUUCUAUCCGUCUAUGAAUUCUUUAACACCUGAUUCAGAAGUGCUACUGGGACUUGUGCUAAGGAGGCUGAAGCUUGAAGUUCUCAUGGGUGGUGGUAAAGAGUGCAAAAUUCUCUUUCAUGCUACACAUUUGGUGGUCCUGUCAGUGCCAGGAUCUGACCUGGACUUCAGUUCUCUUAUGAAAAGUUUUACCACCGAAGAGAAACAUCUUUUGUUGAACAAGAGGUUGCAUGUUGUUGGGUACCAAUGGCUGGAAGACUGCUUGAAAAUGGAGGAAAAAUUGCCCGAGGAUGGAUAUAGCAUGAAGCCCAGAGGGAUGGAAGUAUCAGCUUAUGAAGAGUGCAAAGAUGACCUGAAUAUCAAGGAAGCCUCUUCUGAUAUGGUGGUUGCCGAAAACCUGAGUGUGCCUUAUUUACCUGACAGGGACGAAAAGCAGGAAGAAAAUAAAGCUGCUUUUAUAAAUUCCAGAACAUUGGAUUCAUAUAAAAGUGAUGGCAAAAGGAAAAGAGGGAGACCUGUUGGUCAGGCCACAAAGAAACGUAACAUGAACAUCAAACAAGCUCGACGAAUGCAGACACAUUGUAAAAAGAAGCCUGCUAAAAUUCAUGAUGACGAAUCAGACACAAGCAGUUCUGCAGAUGAAAAAAUAAAUGAAGGAAUGGAAGUACUGGAAGAUUCUGCAUCAUCCCAAAGAGACAAGCAAGUUGAACCAAAGGCUGCAGAAGAAAGCGGACAGGAACUGCAGUUUAAUAAUGAAGAUCCUGGGAUGGAAAAGAGUGUACGGUAUUGCAGCCAAUUUGGCAAGAAGCUGGAAAGCAGACAUGAAAUGCAGUUUGGCAAUGAAGAUCCUGAGUUUAAAUGCCAAAUUGCCAAAAAUCCUGAAAAGUGUGAAGCUGUGGUUGAUCCAGUUCAUGCGAUGUUACUUGACAUGAUUCCUAGCCUUGGAAUAAAGAAGAAUGAAACUGCACAAUCAUUUGUUGGGGAUGAUAAAGUUCCUGAAGAGACCAAUACAGGGCUUGUGAAGAAAAAGAAAGUCAGCUACAAGGAUGUCGCUAGUGAACUUCUCAAGGAUUGGUAAUUCACAAGCUUGUUUGCAUCUCCUUGUAAAUUCUAUGUCAAUUCUGAACAUACGUAAGUAUUAGUGAAGAACGGUUUCUAACUUACCAGAUUAAGGUUUCAAAUUCUGUUUAUCUUAUCACCUGAUGGGUGAAAAUUUUAGCAUACGCUGAGUUGCUGACUUUCUUUAAUAUGAUUAGUAUCCAUAAAA